ACAUUCGAACCUGAAAUAAUGCUCCUAACUACUGGUUUAGCAUCGUUUUGAACUGCUUCCGUAGUAAUUACUGUGACGUAAACACCCGAUAGAAAACGAUAGGAGAAGUAUAACGUUUUGAAAGAAAUGAUUAACGUUUACACGAUUAUGUGUUCCGCGAAAUAGCAGGAAUAUUUUAGUCGUGUUUUUUGUUCCCCGGGUGUUUGACUUGCUGAGUUAAUUUUAUAAAUAACGUAAUCGCAUAGUUUAUUGAAUUUGUUCACGUUUAAAUUUUAAUCGAAACGAUAAGUUUGAGACAUUGAAAGGCAGAUCAAUAAUUUUGCUGAUCAGAGAAUAAUUUUGUCACGGGGAAAUCGAACUUUGGUAUCUGCGAACAUAAUCAAAGCGUUCAUUGCGGAGUAAAGAAGGACUCGUUGCGAAAUCGCGUUUCACGGUGUUGUGCAUCGUGUAGUAGGGUCAAAUCGUUGCACUACGUUUCUAUUUAUCAUCUCCUCUCUUUUUUCUCCUCUCGUGAUCUCUUUACUGUCACUUGUUCCGCGUGUGACUAAAGACCAGCUAAUCUAAACUCAAUUAUUCAAGAAUUACGAGACUGUUCCUGUAACGACUCAUUUGAAAAAAUUUUAUCGAACUAAAUAAGCUAAGCAGGACUUAGUUCUGCUAUAAUUUAAGGAGCAAUGAUUCAAUACGCAUUAACCAUAUUUCUUCUGACGACGAUAAUUAGCGGGAUUUUACCUUCUAAAGUCUGCAACCCAUCUAAGGAGAACUGGCAAUCCAAUAUCGGUAUACUUCUUUCACCCAAAAUCUCGCGGUCGAGAAGCCACGAGAUAGAGAUUUAUUGGAACAACCUGAACAUUCAAUCCGGCGAUAAAAUUUCGCUUUACGAGGAACAUCCUCUUGGCUAUUCGACUGUGGUUUACACUGUAAUACCAGAAGGUCCAAAUGGACGACAGAAAACUGGGAAAUUCGCGGAGUUUGUACCCAGUUCGAAUCUUUCUUUCGUACAGGAAUGCACAAAAUAUGGCGUAGCCUGGUUAACACAGACAAAUAUCAAAAUGACAAACUGUCUAAAAUCACAACCCACCUGGAUGAAAGAAAGAGAAGACAUUUUGGGGAACUUAACAAUGAGUCAAAUCUUUUUGCCGGGGACACAUGAUUCCGCGUCUUACGAUGAAGGAAGUCGAAAGAUAAACAUAGUCUCGAAUUUUGCCAUAACACAGGACACAAAUAUCCUGGGUCAACUGAUACAUGGCGUUCGAUACUUGGAUAUCAGAGUAGGACGUUAUCCGGAGACAAAAGAAAUUUGGUGGACCAACCACGGACCGUUUUACCGUUCAGUCUCUCUAAAAACCGUGAUCGAUCAGGUGAAAACGUUCCUCGACCACACCGAAGAGAUAGUGAUCCUUGACAUUCGUGAAUUUCCCAUCGGCUUCCAUUCUUUAUCGGAACACACCGAACUGGUGAAGUAUUUAGAAAAUGAAUUCCGGGACUAUUACCUUGAAUACAACCGUGGAUGGAUCAUGACGUUAAAUGAGAUCUGGUCCACCGGGAAAAGAUUGAUAAUUGGCUAUGAAAACUCUUGGAUGGUGCACAGCCAUGGUACUGUGUGGCCAUGUGUGACACACCAAUGGGGUAACGUCAGAAAUGUCGAAAAUUUGUACAAGUACUUAAACAAAAUUGAAAGCAACGACAGGAGGACUAGACAGAGACCACGAGCAGCGAUGGCGGAAUUGACAGCAAGUUUCAAUGAUGUUCUUUUCAAUUCACUCGGUGGUCUUCGAAACAUGGCGUACAAGGUCAACUUGAAUGUCACAAAUUGGUACAGUACCAUCUGGCAAUUCAGUGCCAAUAUCGUGGCGGUGGAUUUUGUUAGAGGCAGUGAUAUCGUGGACGUUGCGAUUAAAUCGAACGAGAAUCGUCACUCACAUUGUCGAUAGUUAAUUGUAUUUAAAAGGAGAGGUAAAGCAUUCAAGGUGUAACCUUUUUUAUUUGUUGCUACAUAUUUAAAACUUCAAAAUGUUACUAUAUUUCUAAAUCUGUUAUACAUC